CAGUGGGGAAAAGGGAAAGGAGUGUUCUUGGUGGAAGAACCAAAGGGAAAACGUGGAACAGAGAAGAUUCUAGGCUAAGGGGCAGACUUGAACUAUAACUGACAGGACAGGGGGAGGGUACAAUUCUCUUACAAAAGGGGGUGGAGAACUCAUACAACUGCUGUUUCCCAUGGCAACCCUAGACUGCCUUCCCCAACCCCUCCUCCUACAGAGAGGUUUCUGCAGCUCCCUCUCAGGGCCUGAUGUUCAGGGCCUGAGCACAAAGCCCCAGAGGGUCAUUCAAGUCCUUGUGCUGUGUCUGUGCUGCUGAGCUGGGCCAGGCUCCUGGCACAGAGGGUGAUCCUGGCAACCAAGAAGAGCUUCAAAAGCACAUUUCUCUUGAUGAGCAGCUCUUCUCCCAGCCCAGCAGGGCUGGGGCACUGCCUGCAGUCUGCCCGGGCACAGCCCAGAGGCACAGAGAGCUUCAAUCAGUCAGGGCUGGGAAGGUGCUGAGAAGUGCCUGGGACAGAAUCACUGCCAGCCCUUGGCACAGGAACCUCUGGCUGCAGGACAAGGCAGCUGCAGCUCCUGCAGUGAUCUCCUCAAGCUGGAACAUCCCAAUGCCCACAGACCCUGGAAAAUGUGGGAAGCUGAUCAACCUCCCCCAGAGAAAGGUUAGAGCCCAGAGAAACUCAGAACAGAUCCCCCUGUGCAGCCACAGCAAAUGUCCAACAGCAGCUCCAUCAGCCACUUCCUCCUGCUGGCACUGACAGAGACGCGGCAGCUGCAGCUCCUGCACUUCUGCCUCUUGCUGGGCAUCUCCCUGGCUGCCCUCCUGGGCAACGGCCUCAUCAUCAGCGCCGGAGCCUGCGGCCACCACCUGCACACGCCCAUGUUCUUCUUCCCGCUCAACCUGGCCCUCAGCCACCUGGGCUCCAUCUGCACCACUGUCCCCAAAGCCAUGCACAAUUCCCUCUGGGACACCAGCACCAUCUCCUACUCAGCAUGUGCUGCUCAAUUUAUUCUGCUUAUCUUCUUCCUUGGAACAGAGAUUUUCCUCCUGACCAUCAUGUGCUACGACUGCUACGUGUCCAUCUGCAAACCCCUGCACUACGGGACCCUCCUGGGCAGCAGAGCUUGUGCCCACAUGGCAGCAGCUGCCUGGGCCAGUGCCUUUCUCAAUGCUCUGCUGCACACAGCCAAUACAUUUUCCCUGCCCCUGUGCCAGGGCAAUGACCUGGGCCAGUUCUUCUGUGAAAUCCCACACAUCCUCAAGCUCUCCUGCUCCAAAUCCUACCUCAGGGAACUGGGGCUUCUUGCUGUUAGUGUGUGUUUAGGAUUCGGAUGUUUGCUGUUCAUGGUUUUCUCCUAUGUGCAGAUCUUCAGGGCUGUGCUGAGGAUCCCCUCUGAGCAGGGACGGCACAAAGCCUUUUCCACCUGCCUCCCUCACCUGGCUGUGUGUGGGAGGGGUCCCCGCCCUCCCUUGGGAGGCAACUUCAAUAUAGCCAAAAGUUGUCAAUCACAUGCUGUUUCCCUCCCCAGUUGAGGCUGUCUGUCAAAGCUUAACACACUCCCCAGUUCUAGAAAGUUCUUCU